GUGGAGAAGCUUCCGAGGCCGCUGGACGUUCCGGUGCCAGCUUUUCGACCUCGAGGAGCGGGACGUGUUGCAGCUGCUAGAGCUCGACGGGAAGCGGGUUCUCAAGUGGACAUGGAGGAGCUCAUGGAGUCAGGGGGAUCAUCGGGAGCUGAACGACGCGGAAGCCUGGAACCCGGUAGUAGCCUGGUGGCAGGGCAGCCAGCUGGAGAAUGUCCUGCAGGCGGAGCCUCUGAAGCUACGGCGCAAGACAUAAUAGUGCCAGCAACAUCGCUGCAUGCCGCAGCAGUGUUGGAGAUGAGCCCAAUCCGAGAAGAAGAGGAUUCUUCGGCGGAAGAUCCGUGGCAGCAUUCGGGUCCGUGGUUGGAAGCGAGCCGACACCGACGUGGCGUUGAACGGGAUCGGCAGUCUUGGUGGAGUUCCUCCGACGAUGAUGCCAAGUACUGGGAGAAUUGGUGGACUUGGCCAACGGUGGAGAACUAUGUGGUGCAGAAUUACCCGGCCGAGAACUAUGAGGACCAAUCCAGUGAGCGGCACUCAGUUCAGAGCGAUUGGUCGGAUGAGAGUUUUGGACACAACUCCAAUAGGUCAUGGUGGUCCAGCAGGAAGCAGUGGAAUGUGGAAGACCUUCAGGGACAGCAGGAAGAUGAUGCGGUCUUGCGUCAUCUUCAGGAUGCGGCGCUACAUGCUGGACAAGGGCACCGUCAUGGCGGAGGACAUCACGAUAGGGCUCUUGCGCAUCAGGGAGUAUGCGAACUAGACGAUCAUGGAAGAGGACAUGGUGACGAUCAGGGUAGAGCACGACGUGAUGAACUGGAGACCUCCGUCAUCUCCCCGACAGCGGCAGCAGUGAAGGAUAAGGACAACCUUCCUGCUGGCGAAGCUCCUAGAGGAGUUACUGCUGUGGCCGGGAAUGCUUCCUGGUUGGUGGCUGCCGCGGGGAAGUUGAGCUCUUGCAAAGCUUUGCCAUGUGAGAUGAGAGGACCAAGACUUAUGCAACAGCUGCGAGAAAGGGCCGGCAAGAUAGUGCAGCGCUUGUCAGUGGAAGAGGCUUCAGCUUCGGAUGGCCUUGAAACUAUCGAGGCGACCAUGGAACGGUCGCCUGUCAUUAAGCUCCUGGAUCAGAAGAACGUGGACCAACGCCGACAGAAGCUUAUGAGAUUGUCCAAAUUGCCGAGUGAGUCGGUGGAGAGCUUUUCGAACCGGGCUGGGAUCUAUCGUCAAGAAAACCAAUCUUCGCCAGCUUACCAGGUGGGAUCGAAAUUCUACGUGGGCCACUUGCUGGAUGCGGCGAAGUUGACCAAGAGGGACCUCGCCCUCAUCAAGGCGGCAGAUGGUGGAAAGCUUGACGAUGAGGAUGCGGCGAGGAAUGCAUUUCUCGACCUUGCCGAGCAACUGGAGGGACAACCGGGUUGUCCCGGUGGACGAGGUGAGCCGACAUUGGACCGGGAGGACAAGUGCCCGGUUCAAAAGCAUGGUGGAAUGGGUGGGCUACCCACGUCAUCUGGUGCAGUGGCUCCUCCUCCUCGUCAUGGGCAAGCUGGGCGUGGCCGACGUUUUUUUGGUAAUUGUCGACGAGUUCGAGAUGCGAUCCUGGAGGAUGCAGACACCCUGAACGAGGAGAUGGCUCCGGACGAUGACGGCUUUCUCGACUUUGUCAACGCGUUGAAUGAAGAUGGCAUGGAUGAAGAUUGCCGUGAAGGUCAUGUUCAAGGACAGCCGUUGGGGCAAGCAGCUGUGCGGGACAGAGAGCAUGUGAAGAAGUGGGUCAAGGAGCAACAGAAGACGGAGCCAUGUUUCAGUUUCAUCUACCGACAACUUGGACAUUGGUCACAGGAAUGUCCAUAUCAGAAGCGAGCUCCAGUACAUGCCACAAAUGUGACCUUCAAGCAAGACGUGACCAAUGAAUCGGAUUGGUCUUGCCUCCAGAGCUGUGCUCAGCCCGAUGCGUGCUACAAAGAGCGCUUGAAGAAUCUCAAGUUGUACCCCAACCUGUACUUACACGUGUGUUGGGAUGGUUUGAGCGGUGAAACCGCCGCCAUUAUGUUUCAAGAUCUUUGGUUUUCACGGGUCAUGGAUUCCCAUCUCCUGGUCGCUGCUGGUUCGGUAGCAGCUGGGUGGUUUCAGGUGAACGGGCUCUGGUUCCAGUUGGCAACGAUUUUGUUUUCGCCACAAGAAGGUCAGUGCGGACGAGGGUCCACGACCUUCCAUGAAUACUGGAUUCGAACUGCGGAGAUUCCCCGAGGUGACAGGCUGUUGUCACGGCGAUGGCCCGUGGCAAUUGAGUUGAAGAAUGAGGCCGCCAUCCUCAAGGAGUCUAGGGCACCUCCAGUGGCCGAGGAUGUGCUUGUUUUCUCCACACAGGCCAACACGUGUCCGAAGCAGGGCACAGGUUUUGAGGCGGAUCGACGUGAUCUUUUUCCUCUUCCUUUGCUGGGUUUCCGUGAUGGUACUCCUGGUUGUAGCUCUUCUCAAAGAAGACGAAAGGUCAAGGUGAAUCAGACUGUUGACAAGGUGAACAAUAUCACCCAAUCCCUCAAUGAGAUGUAUGGGUGUGAUGUCGCCAAGGUAUCAGCUGCUUUGCCUCCAUUGGCUGUUCAGGAGAAAGCCCAGCAUGAGCUUUUCAAACAAUUUCGCCAUGGUUGUGAACGUAUUCCUUUGUAUAGUCAGCGUGAAGCUAUGAAAGAGCUUCUGCAUUCCACUCCCUCAUAUUCUAAAGAGGUUGAGGCUACAGUCAAGCCCUUCAGCAAAGACCUCGUUUCCCUGCCGGUUGUAGGAGCUACUCCACCUCAGCUCGAUGACCUGCUGGAUCCAUUUGGUCGUGAGCUUCUGAAGGAUUUUGUGUUGAGUUUGUACAAGCGUGGCGUGAUUCAAUUCACUCAUCGUCCGAAGGAUCGCAUCACACCUUUCUUUGUGACGAAAAGUCUGGGGCCCUCAGGUUUGGGCCCAAACCGAGAAGUUGCUGAAGGAGUUGCUUGCCCGAGCCUCGAAACUGGUGAACCGGUCGUGAUUGCCUAUGCAGACAAUCUCAACAUUGCUGGGAUCUGCCGACAAAGGGUUCAACAAGCGAAAGAUGAUGCUGUUGCACACCUUAGACACAUUGGGUUUGUCCACGAGGAGUUGGACGCCGCUUCCUCUGCAAACUACCUUGGUUUUCACAUCGAUGUUGCUGUUGGCAAAGUCACCCCCAUUCCGUCCAAGGUUGGAAAGGUCAUUGCUAUGCUGCGAUGUUUGGCCAGUGGGCCCAGAGUUUCAGGGAAGAUGGUGGAGAAGUUGAUUGGGCAUUGUGUUCAUUUUAUGAUGCUGCGUUGUGAAAUGUUAUCCAUGUUCAGACGCAUGUAUCAAUUUGUGCAAGAUUGCUAUCAGUCUCGACGGAGGUUGUGGCCACCAGCACGAUCUGAAGCGAAGUGGGCAGCUGAUCUGUUAGCGGUUUCCUUUGCCGAUCUUAGAAGACCUUGGGAUUCCACUGUUUAUGCGUCGGAUGCCUCACUAUCUGGAAUUGGUGUUUGUAAAUCGGAGUUUUCGACACAGCGUGUGAAUCACAUUGGUCGGCGCAAGGAAAGUUGGAGGUACAAGUGUAAGGCUCCCGUUGCUCCUAGGUUGGCAAGCAUCCGACACCAGUUGGAUGGCAAGAAUGCGCAAGACCGUGCCAGCAAGAGACAGAAGUUUCUGAGACUGUGUGAACCGGACCUCAGCUUUCUUCCAGUUUGCAGCCACACAGCAGUUGCCGCUGAGUCCUAUAGCCAAGUUAGACUGUCAGAAGGCUUCAAAGCGUUUGCGGCCCUGAUGGAUUGUCGUCCCGACCUUGGCAGCAAAGCAGAGUUGCCAAGAUCCAGGCACAGCGGUCCUUCUCACGACCGACUUCACGGGCUACGCAGCGCCUUGGCGGUCAAGAUGAGGGGGCGCUGGCUGGCGGACUCUUCAGUGCGUCGGUACGAGUGCCACGCCAGACUUCACCAGCAGUUUCAACAGUUGCCUCCGCUGGUGAGGUGCAGCAACAAGCUCUUGGCCGAUGCUCAUCUGCUGAAGACGGACUACUGCCAGUUCAAACAACCCUGGCGGAAAGCUACUGGUUUGUUGCGCUCACGAUUUGACGAGUUGAAUUCUGCAGUGAAGGUUUGUAAUGCCAACAAUAACCGACGCUAUUUGCUUGACAUGGAGCAGCCUUCUCAACAAGUUCCUUUCGAUUUUCACAUGAAGCCGCAUGCAGAAGGCUUUGACAUCGAGAACGAUUUCACCGAGGAGAUGAGCGACGAAGAGCCGGACACUUCUCCGGUCCUGGUGGUGAGCCCGGGCACGGAGGGAUCGAGUGCCAGGACGAACCGAAUGCCGAUACGGCGUCCGAAGAGAGCAACAUCCUUCGCCAAGAAGAAGUCCAGCCUGUCACCAACGAGACCUUCCAGAACCAACGUGGAGAUGCAGAACGCGGUGGCGAUGAUGCAAGAGCAGAUGGAACAGAUGCAGCGCCAGAUGAUGCAGAUGAUAUCGGCCCCUCCGAUGACUCUGCAGGCGUCCGCGCAGCCAUCGAAGUCACAGAAGGAGCCCAGGUCAUCGACGGCGGCCUCUUCGAGCGGUGCUGCAUGCUGCUGCUGCGGGUUCGGAUCAUUCAAACUGCAGAAAGAUGGCUUUGAACUGGAUGCAGACACGCAGCAUUCGACAAGGAGUAUACAAAGAGCUCGGGGGGUACAUCAACGGAUGUGCAAGGUAGCGCAGGCGAAACCCGGACCUUGGACGUUGAUAGCGAUCUUCGCAGGUCGCGUGGCUUUGUCAGAUCUGGUUCGUCGCGUGGGGAAAUGGAAUGAGCCACCUCCGCACGAUGUGCUUUAUGGUCUGGACCUAAGGAAGGUGGAGCGCCAGGACUUGCUGAAGGACGUCAUCAAGAAGCGCCGCCCUGAUGUGGUGACGUUGUCAGUGCCGCGUGGUCCAUGGAGUUCUUGGCAGCGCGAGAAAAAGGAAGGCGGCUUGGUCUUGUUGGAACAACCUAGCCGGUCUGAUGCCGUGAAGCAGCCAAUGAUGAGCCGCCGGGAGAAUGUCUACCAGGCAGCUACGUUGGAAUCCUCCAUUGACGUCAACUUGGCGCUACAUGCUCAAGUACUUGACAGCCGGAUUUGGGAGGCUGUUCCAGUGGAGGUGGAGGUGGCACCUCCACAGGCCGCUCCCAUAGCGGCCUUUCAUCGACUCAUUUCAAUCAACGACCGGGUGGUGGCCGACCCCUUCUUUGUUUGGGAUGAGUCGGGUGAGAAGUUUGUUGUGGCUCACCUGUUGGAUGCCUUCGCCCUCUACCAGAUCGCGGUGGCUCGCAAGAAUCCCGAUGCGGAGGCGACCGUGGUGAUGAUUCGGGACCGUCAUCAAAGAGGCUUGGAAGAAGCUCUACAAUCGGCGGUGGUGGCAGUGACUGCUGCCAGGAACAAUCAAUCCAGAGUGGCUGGUUUUUCGCCGGUGCAAUUGGUGUUUGGCAAGGACCACGGAAGCCUUGAAGAAAAAACCUGGAUCCAGAGCGAGACUUCCUCGAUUAGAGCUGUGGCGGAGGGUGCCCAGGUGAUGUUUUGGGAACCUCCUUCACACCGUCGUGGCCUUGCCCGAAGAUUACAAGAUCAGAUAUCUUGGCUAGGUCCGGCAGUUGUGGCUGCUAUCGAACGCAAAGAGGGGGCCAUCAAGAAGGUUUGGAUCAGAUACCAGAACAACUUGAAGGGCGUACCUUUGGAGUUCGUCCGACUGGCGGUUGCUGAAGAGCAAGAAGCUUCUGCCGUUUCAGCCAGAGCUUUGAAGGACUUGGAAAAACAAAUGUCGUCGGGCAGGGUCAACGCGGAGGAAGUCUUGAAGAAGCCUCGCCAGACUAAGGGGAAGAAACCACAAAAGGCGACGGUUGAUCCAGAGCAUAGGAAUUCAGUGAUGAAGAAGAUCCUGGAAAAGUUCCAUCUCGAUGGAUCACAGCUGAGGAGUGCAGCUUCGCCCUUGGACGAUGUGCUGCUCUUCAAGGGAAGAAGGGGCAGUCUGGACCUGCUUCUUCAAGCCGGAAGCGCGCGGCUGAUGAUAAUCCGGCGCUUCGACCGUUCCAAGAACGGAGAACUAUUCGUCAAUGUGGAGCGCUUCUACAACCAGGCGGACUUCUCAGACUCAGAUGCAAGUUUGAUGUCAGCGUUGGCCAAUUCGUUGGGCAAUGAUGUCCUGCAGCAUCUGCAGCGCCGCUCCAUUGAAGAUCUGCAGGUGGUCUACUACCUCUUCAACCCCAACAGGCCUCAACGUGCGCCGAUAGGAACACACAACAGCAUUUGGGUGGACCAUGGCAUAGAGUCGUCCGCUUUGAGCUUCAAGAUCCUUACGAGUUUGAAUCUCAUGUGGUCAAGCGGUUGGAAGCUCGACGCUUUGUGGAAGAUGCAUGGCGUUCAGGAGGUCUUUGGGACUUUUGUGAAUGUCACCGAGAUUGCGUCUCCUAUCGUCCAUCCUUUGCGCCGAGGCAUCACCGAAUUCACCCACUUGCCUGAGGAGAUUGUCUCCAAGCCGGAGACGGAAAAGGCGCUUCGCAUCUAUUUUCAUCAUGAUGCUCUUCAACCAGUGACGCCAGACGAAGUGGUGGAGGCUUCCGAGACUUUGCCUUCUCGUUUUGUCUUGGUGAACAAGACCGAUCCCCGCAAUGUCCAUCCAACUGAUGCUGACCUCCGCAACGCCAAGCUCAAAGCUCGCUUGGUGAUUGCCAGUCACAAGGACCAAAAGGCCGGGGAAUUCGAAACUGAAGCACCUACGGCCUCUCUUUUGGCGCGCAACGUGUUGUGUUUCCUGGUGGUGCAAUGUACUUUGCCGACAUCUCUGUGGUCUUCUUGCGAGGAUGUGCGCCUCAUUGCUGCCCCGGAGUACCAGGAAAUGAUCCGGGCCAGGUUGGGCUCUUUGUUCAAUUUCAUUGAAUGGCAACAUCCAAAGGAUUGGGCCAAAUUCUGUGGAAGGUAUGAGCGGCAAAUGCCUGACGGCCUAGUGUUGGUGCAACAGGUUCGGGGUGUGGAGAGUAGCUCUGUGGAGUGGAUGAUCCGUUUGGUGGAGCUGAAGGUGCUGGUGGAAAGAGCUCGCAGCCCGGUCACAGUGAAGUUCGUUUUGAUCGGAUGCGACUUGGACGACAUGGUGGUGAUUGGCGUUUCAGAUGCAUCAUUUGCUGGGAUGCCUCGUGGACGAUCUCCAGGUGGUAUGGUGUUGGCCUUCGCAAAUCCAGGGGUGUUGGAAGGCCCUGACAGGUUGACCGUCAUCACCUACCAUCAAGCGAGUGGUCAGGCAUGGAUGACUAUGGUGGCCCGAUGGAAGGCCAUCUUGGCCCGGACGGGAUUUGAUCUACUGAAUGGCGCGGCGCUUGGAGAAGACAAGCGCCUUGCGAUUGACAUCGCAGCCAUGCGCCAGGCUCUUGAGGAGGUGAUGGCGGAGGGGAGUAGGGCGCCGAAGGAUUCAGCUGUAGCCAAGAAGCUUAGCGCCGAUGCUGCUGCCCGGAAAAAGUCGUACCG